CCUGAGCCGAAGUCGGACACAUAACCUACUGAGCCACCCAGGUGCCCCCAGAGUUAGUUUUCUUUCCACUUUACUCCCUCAUGGGUGGGUGUGUGUAUUUGUGUGUCGGAAAUUAAUGUUUAUUUGAGCACUUAGUAUGUGCCAUUUAAUCAAACAACCCUCAAAGGUAGUUAAGUAGCGUCGUAUAGAGCAGGAAACGGGGAAGUUAGGUAACUUGUCCAAGGUCACAGAGUGUCUAGGUUUCCUGCUUACUAGCUCGCCGGGCCACCUUGUACCCCAGUCUCCUAGGAUUUGACGCUCCCUUGUGCUGGGUCCUCAGUACCUUCGGGUCUUGUUCCGUGUGAAGUCCUAGGACCGGGAUCCCUUGGGGGCAGCUCCUUUUGAUAACAUUUCUUCACCAAGCCAGGAACGGGGGCAGGCAUCCCACUGAGAAGGCUGAAGAGAGUGUACCCGUUGGUGUGCAUCUGUGUGCGAGCGUGCGCUAACACAUUCAUGCAUUUCUGGGCAGCCCCACAUAAGCCCCCUACGCCCACCAGCUCAUACCUGGGCCCAGAGCCUGGAAUGGGACCCGGCCGUGACCUGGACCUCCCGCACAGACCCCCAACCUGGCUUGCCUGAGGCUGGUCCCAGGCCAGCAAAAGAACGUAAGUCCCAGCUUCCUGGUAGAACUCUGCCCUUGUGGGGGUGUGGUCUUGCCACUGUGGUUUACAGUUCAGCUGCCAAGAAUUGAGGCCAAUUAAAGGUAAAUAAGUACUUCCCCUUGGCUGGGAGGUUCAGCCUGAGUGGGUCUGUUAGGUCCCAGGGAUCUGCCUGACGGCAGGUCCGCUCUGCAAAGGAGUCAGCCUGUGCCCAUGGGCCCUGCAUUCCUGGGUGUGCCUCUGCCCACCCAUCCCCAGAGGCCAGUGCUACCCCCCCCCCCACCCCCCCAACCCUGCAGGCUCACACAUGGGGUCUGGGAGUGGGAUAACAGAGCAGCGAUAGGGAGGGGGCUCCCAAACUGAGAGCAUGGAGCUGGCCGCCUGGGGUGAGGGUCCUGGGCUGGAGGCAGCAGAGAAAACUCCGGGAGGGCAGAGCUGGCCUGGGCUGCUCUACCCGUAGGCGGAGGCCUGGUAGCUGUGGAGUGACAGGAGUUUUCUCCCCAGCAACUCUUCACGUUCUCCCGGGAGUGCAGACAUGAACCUGCCUUCGAAGUGUUAAAACCAUGGCCCCGGGGCAAAACACCAUUCAUUCUGAAUCAUCUCUUUUGUUGCAUUUAAAAAAAAAAAAAAAAAAAGAAAGAAAGAAAGAAAGGAGAAACUCCACACCAGCCAGGCAGAGGUGUGCAGGCGGCUGUGUUUGAACACAGGAGUUGGCUUCCUUUUGGGGGAGGAGACGAGGUCCCACAACAACUCGGAGGGGUAUAUAAGGAGCCGCGGGCUGGGGGGAGACAUUCCUGGGGCCCUGCUUCCAGCCCAAGCCUGAGGCUCCACCAGCACUUCUCCAGCCUGCUGAGGACUCACCCGCUGCCCGGCCAUGAGCACCACAUUUCUGCAGACUUCUUCCUCCACCUUUGGGGGUGCCUCUACCAGAGGGGGUUCCCUCUGGGCUGGGGGAGGCGGCUUUGGUGGGGGGAGUCUCUACGGGGGCGGUGGAGGCCGCAGUAUCUCGGCUUCUUCUGCUAGGUUUGUCUCCUCGGGGUCCGGAGGGGGCUACGGCGGCGGCAUGAGCUGCGGCUUCGGUGCAGGGGCUGGUAGUGGUUUAGGCGGAGGCUUCGGAGGUGGCCUCGGAGGAGGCUUAGGAGGUGGCCUUGGAGGUGGCUUUGGUGGGGGUUUUGGCGCUGGCUUUGGUGACUUUGGUGGCGGCGAUGGCGGCCUCCUCUCCGGCAACGAGAAGCUCACCAUGCAGAACCUCAACGACCGGCUGGCCUCCUACCUGGACAAGGUGCGCGCCCUGGAGGAGGCCAACGCCGACCUGGAGGUGAAGAUCCGGGACUGGUACCAGAAGCAGAGCCCCAGCAGCCCGGAGCGGGACUACAGCCACUUCUACAAGAUCAUCGAGGACCUGCGGGACAAGAUCCUGGGGGCCAAGAUCGACAACUCCCGGGUCAUCCUGGAGAUCGACAAUGCCAGGCUGGCGGCAGAUGACUUCAGACUCAAGUAUGAGAACGAGUUGGCCCUGCGCCAGAGCGUGGAGGCCGACACCAACGGCCUGCGCAGGGUGCUGGAUGAGCUGACCCUGACCAAGACCGACCUGGAGAUGCAGAUCGAGAGCCUGAACGAGGAGCUGGCCUUCCUGAAGAAGAACCACGAGGAGGAGAUGAAGGAGUUCAGCAGCCAGCUGGCCGGCCAGGUCAACGUGGAGAUGGACGCGGCCCCGGGUGUGGACCUGACCCGUGUGCUGGCUGAGAUGAGGGAACAGUACGAGGCCAUGGCCGAGAAGAACCGCCGGGACGCCGAGGCCUGGUUCUUCAGCAAGACGGAGGAGCUGAACAAAGAGGUGGCCUCCAACACAGAGAUGAUCCAGACCAGCAAGACAGAGAUCACGGACCUGAGACGCACUUUGCAGGGCCUGGAGAUCGAGCUGCAGUCCCAGCUCAGCAUGAAAGCCGGGCUGGAGAGCUCGCUGGCGGAGACGGAGUGCCGCUAUGCCACGCAGCUGCAGCAGAUCCAGGGGCUCAUCGGCGGCCUGGAGGCCCAGCUGAGCGAGCUCCGCAGCGAGAUGGAGUGCCAGGACCAGGAGUACAGGACGCUGCUGGACAUCAAGACGCGGCUGGAGCAGGAGAUCGCCACCUACCGCAGCCUGCUGGAAGGCCAGGACACCAGGAUGGCUGGCUUUGGCACCAGAGAAGCAUCCCUGGGAGGUGGUGGCGGCAAAGUUCGCAUCAACGUCGAGGAGACAGUGGACGGGAAGGUGGUUUCUUCUCACAAGAGAGAGGUCUGAGUGCCUGGCGCAGGAGAGACCUCCCUGGCCACCCCCACCCUCCCCAGGCUGGAUGGAGGACCGCCCAGAGGGGCCAGAAGAGCAAACCCCAGUCCCUGCUUUCAGAGGGUCCGGCUCUCCCUGUUGGGCGCUCGGCAUCCUCCCCCUCCCUCUCCCCACCUGCUCUAGAACAGGGACAGGCAAGAAGUAGCUGUAUUGUGUAACGAGCUGGAUCAUACCACAUC